AGCAAGCACCCACAUCUGGGCGUUCCCUGUACUUCCCUCCCUCGCUGGGAGCCCUACGCCUUAGCUACCACUUUUCCUCCGUCAGUCAGACCGACAGCAAGUUUAGAAAGGGACUGAAAGGACAUGAUUCAAAGUAAAUUGAACACUGGCUGUCCUUUCGAUACGAGAAGCAGCUCCGGGAACUAGAACCGACCGAUCUCUCUCAGUAUAUCCAAGCCUGGGGAAAGGAGGGUCAGAGAUUCCCAGCUUUUCCAGGGCUCUGGUGGAGCAGGUCCCUGAGUCACUGGGACCUGCCUUCUGAGCAAAGGAAAAUCCACCUCAGAAUCUCUAACUGCUGGGAACUCUCGUCUGUAGUGCUGCCAAGUAUAGCUACUGAUGUCAUGGCUGAGGCAGUCCUGAGACAUCACAACAUAAUUACAGCAAAGGUUGCUUGUUUGGCUGGAAGCACGAUUAUCUGUUGAUUCUAUGGGCACUCUGAACAUUUGAGGAGAGAUGUCACAGCCGACGCAAAUGAAUCUGAGCAUCCCAGAUCUGGGGAGUCAUGCUCUGUACAAUGAGUUGGAUGACAGUGAGAAGAGUCCCUAUGCUGUGGAAACACCAUAUGGUUUCCAGUUAGAUUUGGAUUUCCUCAAAUACGUUGAUGACAUUCAAAGUGGAAACACGCUGAAGAAACUGACCAUUCAUCGCAAACCCAGAAUAAAAGCAACAACAAACACCAGUGGAUGGACCUCCACAGAGUCACUGUCCUCCUCAACCAGUGAGGACAUUAAAGUAUUGCCCACGACCCCAAAGUUUAGAACUCAUGCACUUAGCAAUGACGUGAAGGAUCCUGUCUGUGCUCAGCACUUUGGUAUUGCAUCACCACCAGCAACCAACAGUCUUCUUCCGCCACCUUCCCCGAGAUCUUCCUUGAGGAAUCUUCGUGUGGAAAAGACAUUAUUGGAGACUAGUCGGAGGUUGCAACAGGAACAAUUCACAACUGAUGAUGUCUCGAGACCCAUGUUAUCGAACAGUGGAUCCAAGCUGGGUGUUGGUUUGUGUGGUCAAAGCCAAACAUCUCCAUCUGCCCAACCAACAUCUAUAGGAAAUGGCGAUGUUAACCCAGGCUCCAAUCCGCCAUUUACUGGCUUCUUCAGCUUUAGCCCCAUGAAUUCGGGACGAAACUCUCCCGUCCCGAGUAUCACACCGGCUCAUCUUCAGCACAUCCGGGAGCAGAUGGCAGCUGGCCUGAAGAGGCUGAAGGAGCUGGAAGAACAAGUGAAAAUGAUUCCAUAUCUGGAAAGGAAACUCUGCGCGGUCGAUGAGGAGAAGAGGCAGCUCAUAGCCGAGCUGAAAAAAAGGAAAGUUUUUAAUCCACCUGAGGCCUCCCUCCUCAGGCAGCGGUCAUACAGCACAGGGAAUGUGGCACAGUACCCGCCGGAAGCUAGGAAGGUGGUUGAGCUUCAUAUUGAUUUAGCUGGUGACAGUGAGGCGAAGAGGUCAAGCAAAAUUAAAGAACUUCGACGGCUAACUGAGAAGUUGACGGUUGCUGAAAGCAGCAGAGCAUGGUCUAAAGGCCCAUCAACAGGAGGGUCUCCAACCAGUCCAGAAAAAAAUGCACUGCUAAGGUCAGUGGGUGUAGGAGAAAAAAAGGACAUGAAUGAGGUUGUCUUUUACUAUAAGUCCGAGAGACCCACUCGAGAGGUAGCUGUUGGAACAGAAUCAGACACAAGGCAUAUCGGUGUUGGAGUUGUUGAGUCAAUGUUGGGGCUCACCACUAUGGCACAAGAGGAAAUUGAAUUUCUACAAGAAAUUAUCGACAGUCAGAAAGCUAACAUCUCAAUGAUUGCAGCUGAACUGGAGGAUGCAAAUAACGAACUGAACAACUUAAAACUAAGUGUGGCCCCUGUCACUUCAAGGACGGUGGUCGAUGCCAGUGUCAUGGCCAAACCACUUAUGGUCCAUGCCAGUGAGGAAGCCAGAAUUCCAGUCAUGAGUCGAGCAGUAGGUGAUCACUUGGAGAUUACUGACGAGUCUGUGGAUUGCACACCGCAGAUGUCUAGUGUAGGAGUUGGCUGCAGCUUUCAAGUACAGGAGGCCUCUGUUGGUCCAGAUACUCCAAUCACACAAGAAGAUGUUGAUGAUACAUGUUUGGAUAUUUGCAGCCAGAAUGAGAGUGGAUGUAGACAAGAAAGGGCCCAAGGAAUACAGAAAGGGGACAUGAAGAUGGAAACUAUUGAAUAUGAAGCAAAUGCUCAUGAUCAGCUGUUAGAGGACAGCCAGAAUGUGGGAAUAAAAGAUUGUGAGACUAAACAUAAGAUUAAGGAUGAGGUGACUACGGUGAACGUAUCAAAGGAUCGUGUUGCAGUCAAGCUGUAUAGCACAUCUUUUCAAGUUGUACAUGAGGGAAAUACAAUUCCUGAGGUAAAUGUGCAAAAGCCCCUGGGUCAGAACUACACGGUCAGUCCUACCAAAGGAGUGUUGAAGUCAAUCAUGAAAAAGAAGGAUGGCUCAAACAAAACAGAAUCAAAUGUCAGCAAAAAAAAUCUACAAUUUGUUGGUCUUCUGAAUGGCGAAUAUGAGACAACUUCGAGUGAGGAAUCAAGUGGUGAGGAGAACUUGGAGAAGGUGAUUGGAGACAGUUCGGAAAGUGAGUUGGGAAAUUGCUGUGAUAGUUCCGAUGAAGAUGGCGUUACAAACAUGAAAGGCAGUGACAGUGACGACUGCGAGCUUCCUACAGAAUGGAGGGAUAAAGAGAAAGAGAAAAUACUUGAGCAGAGUAAACACAAGAGUGAAGAGAACAGAAGCAAAGAAGAGGAAGUGAAGGAAAAAUUUGAGUUGAGUCUGAAGAUGCGGGAAGCCUGCCUGAUCCUGAAGAAUCAUUUCAAUGACCAAAAUCCAGUGAAGAGUAAGGAGGUGAUGUCGAGUUUGAAUGCAAUCCAGCAGGAGUGGUUCAGAGUCUCCAGUCAGAAGUCAGCCUCACCCCAAGUCGUAGCUGACUAUCUCAUGGCCUUUGCAGAGAUGUCACCAGCUAUCCUGAAACAUGUUGUCAACCUGUCCGAUGGAAAUGGCAACACAGCCCUGCACUACUGUGUCUCUCACUCCAACUUCCAGAUUGUCAAGCUGUUGCUGGACACAGCUAUCUGUAAUGUUGACUGGCAGAACAAGGCAGGUUACACUGCGAUCAUGCUCGCUGCACUGGCUGCAAUGGAGACUGAUGCGGAGAUGAAUGUUGUGAAGCAAUUAUUUAGUUUGGGAAACGUCAAUGCCAAAGCCAGUCAGGCCGGUCAGACAGCCUUGAUGCUGGCAGUCAGUCACGGACGUAUUGAGAUGGUGAAGGCCUUGCUGGACUGUGGAGCUGAUGUUAACAGUCAGGACAACGAGGGCUCCACUGCACUGAUGUGUGCCUGUGAGCAUGGUCGGGCAGAGAUUGUGAAGGUGCUUCUGGACCAGCCGGAUUGUGACAUCUCAUUGAGUGAUAAUGAUGGCAGUAAUGCACUGUCUGUAGCCCUGGAAGCCAAUAACAAGGACAUCGCUGUCUUACUCUAUGCACACAUGAACUUCAAGCCACCAUUGUUGGACACUCCAUGAACUGGUAACAGCUACAGCCCAGAACACAGAGCUUGAAGCCACAAUCAUCAUUCCGAUCCUGUAGUAUUCUUUCUGUACAAAUAGCUUUUUGAAACCAGAUGUCCACUUUAGAGUGGGCAUUGGCUAUUGAUUAUUCACAAUGUAUCACUGAGCUGUUCACUGUCAUUUAUAUUGCUAACAUCCUGAGAAAUGCUUUUAAAUAAAACCAUAUUGAAGCAAAAAAAUUAUAUUAAAAUACUACAAAAACCUGA